AUGCCAUCGAUGUGUUCGUUUACGAUGACAUGUCCACCAGACACAACUGCCCCAUUCGAUUCAACUAACGGAACGACCCGAACUAUUGGUCUUAUUCUUGGAAUUAUAAUUGGACUUGUUUUUUCCAUAUGUGUUGCUGUAACUGUGUAUUUACUUUUUUGUAAAAGAAAAAAAUCACAAAUCGAACGAUCCGACCAAUCAGUAUCAAUGUUUCCAUAUGCUCAUUAUUCAGUAACUCCAAUGCAACAAAUUGGAUCGGAACGUCAAAAAGUAUCCGAAGAUGCACCACCUUCUUAUGAAGAAAUUCACACGUUCGAACAACAAACUAGAUGA